UUAGCCAAUAGUUUGGCGCGCGUUUGCCUGCGAGUAGCGGAUCCGUGUUUUGGUGUUUGUUUGGGAAAUAGUGCAAUUUGUGUUUGUCUAUCACGUUUUGUGGCGAUGAUAACUUUGUGUUUGUGUUAUUGAAGUGCGAGAGUGCUGCAUCUUAGAUGAGGCACAAAUAUGAGGCCUAAAGAACAAGACGUUACGAACCCUCGUGUGCUGCGAGCGAGACCUCGGAAGGAUGCCUCUGAAGACGCAGACGACUUCGAAAUCGGGUCUCGUCGACGCAAGCGAGCUCCGAGUCAGCGAGACGAGAAGCGAAGCAAAAGGAAGCGCAAAUCAAAGAACGAACCGCCUCCACAGACGCCGCAAAAUGCAGAGAUCGACGAAACUUUGUCCGUCGUAUGGACUGAGAAGUACAAACCUUCUGAACGGCAACCUUUCGUGGGCAAUGAAGCGCUCAUCCAGGAGCUUCGCGACUGGCUGACCGAGUGGAAAACAAACCCUGUCAACCGUCCUGGUGUUUCGCAGAGUAGUGACUCGGAAGCUUCGGUAGAAGGCGCUGUCAGCAACUGCAUGUUGCUUCACGGACCUCCAGGGUCGGGCAAAACAUCGGCCGUAUAUUACAUGGCCCAAGAGCUCGGCUACAAAGUCAUCGAGGUGAACGCAUCUUCGGAGCGACCUGGAAAAAAAAUUCUCGCGCAGUUACAGGAAGCGACGCAGUCUCAUCACGUGGAAGCCAAUAAGACUGUGCAGGGGUUCCAGAAUCUGUUUGGGAACCAAGUCGUCGCAAAAGUGCCAACCAAUAAGCAAGCAGACUCAGCACCAGUGAAGGCACCUGAGAAGCAGACGGUAAAACAAAAGUCUCGGAAGAAGACAGUCGAAAACGUCAAGACAACACCGGCAGUGUCCAACGGCACGUUGACCCGGUUUUUCCUGCCAAAAGCUGAGACGGUAGCCGAAGAUGAUGUUAUUGUUGUAGAAAAGCAAGAAAAAGUGAGCCCGAAGUCGACCAUGUUGGAUUAUUUUGGUACAGCAGGCGGGAAGAACGGCUGCGAAAGUGGUACGUCUGCAAAUAAAGCCGGAGGCUUCAGCAAGCAGACUUUGGCUAAGAGUACGGCUGCAAAUAAAACCAGGGGUUCCAGGAAGCAGACGACGACUUUGACUAAGAACGACGACGUUGAAAUCGUUGAAGCGAGAAAAGGUGACAACGACAUUGUAGUUGUGGUUGAGGAAGGGCCUUCUGUUAAGAAUGCUGUGAGGAGGAAGAAGAAGACGACCCUCGAAGUUGAAGCGAAGGGUUUGACGAAAAAAUCUUCCGAAGCCGACAACCGGUCGAAAGCCGAGAACAGAGAUCGGGAAAAAUCCAGACGUGAAAAUGGCAAAGAUGACGCGGUUACAACUCCCGUUGGUGAACAGCAUGGCCUGACGUACUCUAGCCUCACCCUCAUCCUCUUUGACGACGUGGACGUGAUUUUUCCGCGGGACGAGGGCUUCUGGAGCAUGGUCGAGAGUUUUUUGUCGCAGACGAAGAAACCCGUGGUCUUCACUGCAACAUGUCACCUUGCCAACGUGCGUGCAAAACUGCCGAGUCAUUGUCUCUCAAUCAAAACGUCAUAUCCGGGCAUCGACGAAACGCGCAGUUUCUUGCAGGACGUCCUGACGAAGGAGAAAGUUCCCGUCGUGUCGCGUCCCGCUCUAGAUUUUCUGAUAGGGUACCGGGGCUGUGACCUGCGGCAGUGUUUGUCUCAGCUCCAGUUCGAGAACGUCGGAAAACACGGAUCGUGGCGGCGCGUUUCCCUGACGAACGCCACCCACGAGGAAGACUUACCAAAAAUCAGCGCGGAAGGAUCCACGGAGGAAAUGUCGGACUUGCAGUGCAAGUAUCACGGCCUCGGUAUCGAUCUCCUGUACUUAUCAAUCCCGCGUCUGCUUGCACUGCCGGCCGUUAACACUGUCGCUAAACCGCUAAAUUUCGGCGUCUCACACUGGAUACGCGAAACUAAUGUCGGCAAUGGCAUGAACGUCAGCUGGCUGACGGACACAUCGCUCCGCGAAGACGAAACGAAAGACUCGGAUACGAAGUCUCGGAGCGAGCCGCAUCAACACCAGUCCGACACACGUUCCGCCUUUAUCUCGAGAUCUCUUCAAAACCUUUCGGAGACGUUCGACACUUUCAGUGCGACCGAUACCAUUCGCGGAGCAAGCUCCGCGGCGCUAGGGCUCCUCAGAACCUCGCUUCCGUCCGAGAGACGCCAAGUAUACUGCGACUCGAGGACGUCCGUCGAAGCGGAAGACGUCGUUCCGCAAGCGCUGCUUCUGGCAGGUUUAUCGGAGGCCAUGGCCUACGUGGAAUCUGGAGCGGUGAUGGGAACCCUCCAUAAAUCUCUGCCCGCGGACGCGGAGGAAGAAUCUGAGCUGAACCUGCCGAUCCUGGACACUGUUCCGAGCCUGGUUAACUUCGAAGCUGCGGUCAGAAGGUCGAGCCGUUUAAGGACCGCGUUGGAGCGUGUUCUGCUGGGUGCUACGUCAUCAGGGCAUAGUUUAUGUUCCAGGGACUAUUUACCGGACUAUGCGAGCGCCCUGCAUCAAAUUUGUUCCUUUGAGCGGGACAGGAAGGACAGCAACCCGAAUCGGGGGAGGCGGUUCCUUCACUACCUCAACUCCUGCGGGGUCUUCCUGUCGGGCGAGGAGGUCAAAACGCUUUGCGAGGAAUGGAUGUGUUGAUGCUGUCGUGUAUAUGUAAUGUAAUGUGUAUAUUUUCGUGGUGUGGUUAUUUUUGGGGGGUACACAGUCUAGUGUUGUUGCUGACCGUGGUUUUAUACUGCCAUUACUUUUGUGUGUGUUUGGAGAAACCGAGUAUAUGGUAAUUGCGGGGUAAUAUGGACUUUAAUUGUGUCACGGCCGAGCUAUUUAUGCCGUAUAAGCGAGAGUUAUACAGUGUGAUUUGUAAUGCAAUGACGGAGUCAGCAAUGGUGUUAUUGGUCUCAUAAUAAUUUGCUGAAAAUAAAGCCGCUG